CUGCGUCUUUUACAUUGGCGUCCAAUAUUUGGCAUCUCUUGACUUUGCUAGCGAGUUACUAAAGUCAGUAUUUUUCACCUUUUUAGUUCCUUAAAUGAACAUUUGGUCUCCAAUUUAAUCAUUUCACAUUUUUAUCCAUCGAGUCUUUUUUUAAUGUGAAAAUAUGUGGACUUUUUUGGGACUAGCUAGCUUCACAUAUUUGUACAAAAAAUCUGGAAUUGUUUGGUCUUUAGUUCAGAAAGAGCAGCUAACAAUCCUCAUUUUAUUUCUAUCAGUUGGUUUGUUGCUGACUUUUUUCAAAUUCUUUCAUGGACAGAAGCUUAAAGAAGUGUUAACUUUACCUUUGAGCCUUUUGUCUGUCUUACCUGUCGUCAACCGUCUCGUCCCUCAAAGUCCACCUCCAAGACACAAGUCUGCCCAGGACAGCAGUACCAAGAAGCAGAGAAGAAGGAAGCAAGUGGACACAGAAACUUCCAGCCCACAAACAAGUGUCUCCUCCUCUGGAUUGGCGACAGAUGUGGAUCCAGAUGUGCUGAUAGUUGGGGCCGGAGUCCUGGGCUCAGCAAUGGCUGCUGUGCUGGCGCGGGAUGGCAGGAAGGUGACGGUGGUGGAAAGGGACAUGAAGGAACCUGACAGGAUAGUUGGGGAGCUGCUGCAGCCUGGAGGAUACAAAGCUCUUAAAGAGUUGGGCCUGGAAGGCACAGUGGAAGGUCUGGAUGCUCACCUGGUUAACGGCUACGUGAUCCAUAACGUGGAGACCAGCACCGAGGUGGAGAUACCUUACCCUCAGCAGGACGAGAAGAUCCAGUGUGGGCGUGCCUUCCAUCAUGGAAGAUUCAUUAUGGGCCUGCGGCGGGCGGCCCUGGCUGAGCCCAAUGUCACAUUUGUAGAAGGCACGGUGAUGAGCCUACAAGAAGAGGAUGGUUGUGUAACAGGAGUUCAGUACAAGCAUAAAGACAGCGGGGACAUAAAGGAAGUGCGUGCGGCGCUGACAGUGGUGGCUGAUGGUUGUUUCUCUAAAUUCAGGAAGAGUUUAGUUCCUGGAAAAGCUCACGUUUCUUCUCACUUUGUUGGAUGUCUCAUGAAGGACUGCCCUCAGUUCAAAGCCAACAGUGCAGAGCUGGUUCUGGCCAACCCGAGUCCUGUGUUGGUCUAUCAGAUCUCGUCCACACACACCAGAGUGCUCGUGGACGUCAGGGGAGAGAUGCCGCGUAAUCUUCCACAGUACCUGGCAGAGAACAUCUACCCUCAGCUUCCAGAGCAUUUAAAGGAACCUUUCAUUGAGGCGCUACAGAACGAUCGUGUCAGGUCCAUGCCUGCCAGCUUCCUCCCUCCUUCGCCUGUCAACAAGUCAGGUGUGCUGCUCCUUGGUGACGCCUACAACAUGAGGCAUCCUCUGACGGGAGGGGGGAUGAGCGUGGCUCUGAACGACGUCAUCAUCUGGAGGAGUCUGCUGCGGAACAUUCCAGACCUGCUUGAUGACGGAGCCUUGAUGCAGGCCAAGAAGAAAUUCCACUGGGAGCGCAAAUCCUCACAUUCUUUUGUGGUGAACGUGUUGGCCCAAGCCUUGUAUGAACUUUUUGCUGCCACAGACGACUCUCUGCAUGAACUGAGGAGAGCCUGCUUUCGGUACUUCAAACUUGGAGGAGAAUGCAUCGCUGGGCCUAUUGGACUUCUUUCAGUUUUGUCCCCCAAACCGAUGACCCUCAUUGGACACUUCUUCGCCGUGGCCGUGUACGCCAUCUACUUCAACUUCAAGUCCGAGGCCUGGAGCACCAAACACCGAGCAGUUUUUAAAAGUGGAGCCAUCCUCUUCCGAGCCUGCACUGUCAUGUUUCCUCUCAUCUACUCCGAGCUCAAGUACUUGGUGUACUGAAGGAAGAACCCUUCCAAGGACGCUUGGAGCGCGUUUACAUGCUAAAUGUGCCUUAGGGACCACCGUACUUGUUUCUGUGUGUGUGUGUGUGUGUGUGUGUUCUCACCUAUGGGCCCCUGGACUUGGAAGGUUGAGGUGGACUACACAAAACAUCCAGCAAUGCCUUAUUUGAAACGACUGUAAAAGCACUUUGCAAUACAACACAGUACUACUGCACUAAUGCUGGAAGCUGCAAAAAAAAAGAAGAAAAAAGCCCACAAUUAACAAAUCCAUGAAAUCCUGUGCUGGGAAACUGUAAUAAAUCACCUACAUUGUUUUUGACUGUCCCAACACUUUUAACCCAUUUUUCUUUCCAGAGGCACAAUGUGAAAUACCACUUUUUAUUUUAUAUUACAAAAACGGUGUUCCUGUACAACCCAAUUAAAAAAGUUUCAGUGUAA